GCAAAAACAUUUGACUCGAAUUUCUCUACUCCGUGCUCAAUGCAAGUAAAAUUCACGUGACUGUGUAACUCUUGGCGAGUGAGCUCGGACCUUUGCUAUAACUGACGACGGUUCCUCCUCGCCAUCCAGCGUACUCGCUCGCGCGCAGCUACUUCAACCGCCUGCCACCCUCCCUCUCGCGACGGUCAUUUCAUCACUUCUUUUACUUGCUCUCUGAGCUCCUUCAAUUCUUUUCAGCGCCCAACGCACAACUGCGCUCGGGUCUUGGCGUGUUUUCGUCAACAGAGAGCUUUUCAGUUCGCGCUUGUUGCUGCGAGCCCACUUGCUCCUCCUCCACCUACACGUCCACACCUACAUCGCACACGCAGGCAUCUUUUCGCAUAUCAUCCAUCAAUACUGAGCACCAUCAUACACGCGCGCUCUUGCUGGGCUGCCCAAAAUGUCUUUUGGGAGCGGCUCCGGCUUUGGGGGCUUCGGCUCCAAUACCAAUCAACCCACGUUUGGCGGCUUCGGCUCGACAAACAGCAGUAAUACAGGCUUUGGUUCCAAUACUGCCACAAGCGGUUUCGGUCAGCCCAGCACAGGUGGUAGCCUAUUUGGCGGCGGUUCGAAUACGACAAGCUCUCCGUUUGGAGGUGGAGGUAGCGGCUUCGGUACAAACACCAACACCGCUUUCGGUUCAAAACCCUUCGGCGGCUCUGGUACGACUGGUACCAGCCUUUUCGGGGGCGGUAGCUCGACUGGACCAACAUUCGGCGGCUUCGGCAGCACGAAUACAUCUACACCAGCCUUCGGUGGGGGUAGCACCGGCGGUGGGCUUUUCGGACAGAAGACAACUGGAUUUGGGACUACAAGCACUGGAACAGGCACAGGCGGCUUAUUUGGCGGCGGAAGCACAGGUGGGGGCUUUGGGUCCACUACGACAGGAGGCUUCGGGACCUCAACUUCCGGAUUCGGCGCAGCGACAUCGACUCAACCCAACAAUGGUACCGGCAGCGUGCCUUUCAGCGCGUUCCAAGAGAAGGACGGGACGGGUUCACAACACUUUCAGACCAUUACCUUCCAACAACCAUAUCAGAAUUACUCUCUCGAGGAAUUGAGGCUGGCAGAUUAUAAUCAAGGUCGGCGGUAUGGCAAUCAGAACGGACAGGCAGGAGCUUUCGGACAGAGCACUGGCUUCGGUGGGUUUGGCACCGGCACGGGUACAACUUCAGGCUUUGGAACCAAUACCGGCGGCGGUCUCUUUGGGGGUGGUGGCACCACUACCAGCACGCCGUUCGGACAGAGCAGCACCACAGGCACGGGCUUUGGAAGUACGGCUACUACUGGGGGAGGGCUAUUUGGGCAGCAAAGCAAACCGGCUGGUGGGCUCUUCGGCACCUCGACCACGACCCAGCCAAGCGGAGGUGGGCUAUUCGGAGGGUCUACCACGACAGGAACCGGAGCUUUCGGGACCGGAGGAGGCACAGGAUUCGGCUCUUCGACCACCGGAGGUGGCCUCUUUGGACAACAAACCCAGGCCCAGAAGCCUGCCUUUGGUGGUUUUGGUUCAACCGGCACUACGACGGGUACUGGCUUCGGAAGCACUACUGGCACUGGUGGCGGACUGUUCGGACAACAAACUCAGACCACGUCAGCCCCGGCUUUUGGUAGUACUCAGACGGCGACUACAGGUGGAGGACUCUUCGGUGGCGGAACUAGUACCGGCGGCGGUCUCUUUGGACAGAACCAGCAAACCCAGACUCAGUCCCAACCAUCUGGUGGACUUUUUGGAGGCUUUGGUCAGAGCGGCACCCAACAACAGCAACAGAAGCCGGGUGGAUUGUUCGGUAGUUCCACCACAACUACCGGCGGUGGGGGUUUGUUCGGUCAAGCUGCUCAGCCACAGCAGACUGGCGGUGGUCUCUUUGGCCAGACGCAGCAGACCCAGCCCCAGGGAACAAGUCUGUUUGGGGCCAAACCCGCAACAGGAGGCGGUCUUUUUGGCAGCACCACCCAACAGGGCACUGGGACAACGAGCGGAGGGCUUUUCGGUAACUUGGGUACGUCAAGCCAGCCGACCCAGCGAACCAGUUUAUUUGGCCAGCAAGCCCAACAGCAGAAGCCUGGCGGACUCUUUGGUGCGUCGACAACCACCGGCACUGGUGGCACAAGUCUCUUUGGUCAAACUCAGUCCACCACUACCCCUGCUUUUGGUGGAUCGCUGUUCUCGAGCCAGACUCAGCAGCAACAGCCGCAACAGCAAUCGACCGGGCUCGGUGCCUCGCUUCAGACUUCUAUAAACACGAAUCCGUAUGGCAAUGAUGCCCUUUUUGCCGGUCUCGUCACACCUACACAGAGUCCUGGUCCGCUCGCUACGCCUCUCUCGAGCAGCCAGAAGACCCGGAAGCCGGCGCUCUUGCCGCAGCACAAGCUGAACCCCUCUGCUUCGACUCGCCUUCUUACACCCCAGACCAAGCGGGCUGGAGGAUAUGGAUUCACCUAUUCCACCUACGGGACUCCGACCAGCGCCAACACGAGCCCCAGCUUCACAUCGAGCUUCCUUGGCGGCAGCAGCCUUUCCAGAUCCCUUGGGAAAAGUCUGUCAACCAGCAAUCUGCGGACUAGCUAUACUCCGGAGGCAAGCAUUCUUGCUCCUGGCGCUUUCUCAACGACUGGUCGCUCGCUUGGCUCUGGUGGUAUGAAGAAACUUACCAUCAAUCGCUCGAUAAACACACGUCCGGUGUUGUUCGAUGAUACUCCUUCCGAGAAGAAGCGUGUCAGCUUCGUGAAUGGUCUCGAGACCAAUGGAACCAAUGGCACAGAGGAUCGUCCGUCAAGGGGUGGUGAGCUGGUUCUGCGCGCUGAGCCUGAACGUGAGCCUGCGGUUGACCACGAGCAAUCGCCUCCCUCUCGCACAGGAGAGAUCAACGGCGUCUCGGAGCAGCCGGAGAUGACACAGGUAAAUGGCAAGGACCUUACCACCACCCCCGAGCGCACCACCUCGGCACCGCUCAAUAAGCAAGGCGGUGCUAUCGUGGACCCAACUCCUGGAGAUUACUAUUCUCGUCCUAAGUUGGACGAACUCCGCAAGAUGAGCCGAAGCGAACUUUCCAAGGUCGAGAACUUUGUCGUAGGACGGGAUCGUAUCGGAGAGAUCCAGUUCAACCCUGGACAUCCUGUAGACCUCACUGGUGUCGACCUGGACAAGCUCUUCGGCGACAUCGUGCAGCUCACCACCCGCAAUGCCACCGUCUAUGGUGAGACAUGCACCAUACCGAAGCCAGCACGGGGUACAGGCCUCAAUGUCUUUUCCCGUAUCACGCUCGGCAAUUCCUGGCCGCGUAACAAGGCCGGAAAGAAGGACCGGAAGCAUGUGGAACGCUUGAAGCGUGUUUAUGGCACCACUUUUGAGGAGUAUCGUCCGGAGACUGGCGAGUGGGUUUUUACCGUGCCACACUACAGCUCAUACGGUCUUGAUUAUGAUGGCGAUCAAUACAGCGAUAACGAGGAUGAUGAGGAUGAUGAGUCCAGCGAACUCAGCGACGCUCCGGAUACCCCCUUGCAACAACAUUCCGGUCGCUUGACUGCGACGCCUUCUGAGGCUAGUGACAGUCCUACCCAGAGCGUCGACGAUACUUUUGAAUUCAGAAGGAGACGCGCUCAUGUACCUGGAGGCUUUGGGAAUGAGGCAGCUUAUGAAGAAGACGUCAACAUGGAUUCCACUGGAGGCGAGUCUUUUUUAGGGCAGCGCUCCGUGGGUUCGCUUGAUGGACAGCAAGAUGCUGAAUAUACCGAGAGCGAAUCGGGAUCGGAUCACGAGCAGGACUUGGCGGGUCCUGUAUCAGCGCCGACCCAGACCACGGAGCAACAAGCCGCCACUGUCAACAUGCCCAAGUCUAUCCUGAAGAACAGCCAGAUGCUUUUGCAGGGUAUGGGCACCCCCUCGAAAGGCCAUUUGGUAUUCGACGACGACUGGGCAAGUCAAUUGCAGCGCACGAUCAGUCCUAGGAAGCAGGAUCGUCAGGCCCUUAGAGAAUGCCAGGAAGAUGUCUUGCGAGAACACGAUGAGCAUUCCAAAUUUGGGCGUUCUACGAAGACUAACGAUCAGCCAAUCUUUACACGGUUGGGUAUGAUGGAGUCAUUGUUCGGAGAAUCAGAGGAUCGGGAAACGAAGGGAAAGAGAGCAGGAAAAGGUUUCGAGUUCCCCUAUGCAAAGCGACCCAAGACGUCUGACGAUCUGAACCGAUUGAGUGCCGACGAUAGAGCUUUCCACUCGUGCAAUAAGCCUCACUUUGACGAAUCUGGCACCUUGAUCUACGCAGCUAAAGGUGCUAAGUCCUUGGAAGACGGCAUCUACCGAACCGUUCAACAACCGAUUUCGGGCUCUGAUAGGGACAUCCGCUUCACGAAGCUGCCCACCUUUGACGAUGCCGCACCGGAGACCUUAACUCUCCAGAAAAAGCAAACCAAGAUCUCGCUCCAAGACGGUGUACCAUUGGCCAAAAUCAUCACCGAACCGGACCCGCUUGAUUUCGCUGACAUGGCAAAGCGUGUUGCUAUAGACACUGCAGCUGGCCAACACGAGCUUGAAGUUUGGCAGCUGUUGUCCAUUCUGUUCGACGAAGUCGAUGAAAUCCCUAGCGAGACGGGCACCUUUUCUUUUCAGAAGUAUAGGGACCGUUUCCGCAAGGAGAAGCUUUCCAAGUUCUGGGAGUCCCUUGUGUUUCGAGAUGCGGAGAAGCACGCUCAUUCAGCGACUACUCCUGAGGAAAAGGCCUUUGCCUAUCUUACCGCGCAUAAUGUUCCGGAUGCAUGCCAUGCCCUCCUCUCAGGCUUAGAUCUGCGCCUGGCGACCAUGGUUGCUCAGAUAGGUGGGGAUCUUGCAAUGCGUCAAGACAUGGCCUCUCAGAUUGAGGAGUGGCGACGCCUUGAUGUGGUUUCUGAGAUGACGGAACCCAUCCGUGCUCUGUACGAACUCAUCGCUGGAAACUGUGCGCAAUCCGAGGGGAAGCAGCUCGAGGGCCGUGAGAACAAAGCGAAGACCUUUUGCAUUUCUGAGGAGUUCGGUCUGGAUUGGCGUCGUGCAUUCGGACUACGCCUAUGGUAUGGGAUACUUGCUGACGAGCCCAUUGAGCUGGCCGUUGCGCAAUUCGCGGAUGCUCUUCGCGAUGGCGUCGAGACCGUCAAGCCAAAACCUUGGUUCGUGCAAGAACAAGUUGAUAUCGGCUGGCAAGAUCCCCAGGCGGACAGCCGUGAGGAUCUCCUGUGGGGCAUCCUCAAGUUGUACGCGUCCGCGAAGCUGGAGCUUCCCGCCAACGUGGAGGAUGUUCUGGCUCCUGAAAACGUCUCCGGCCAUCCCUUGAACGCGCGCCUCUCGUUCCAGCUGUUCCAAUUCUUCAAAUCCCGGCUGGAAGACAAGAAUGAGUUGUGGGAACGUAGGAUAGGCAUGCCUACAGUACGCCACAGCGAUGGACUGAGGCGGUCCUUCAUGUCAUCCACUAGCUCGUCCGCCGUCAAGGAUGGGCAGUCGGAUAAACCCCUGGUCGACUUGGGUGACAAGAUUGCGAUCACGUAUGCGGCGUCGUUGCAUACGCCGAAGUAUUGGACUACGGCUGUGUUCGUCUAUACCCAUCUCUCGAGCGCGAGUAUGCGGGAACAUUACAUUCGCACCCUCCUUUGCCAGUAUUCCAACACGUACUCUAUCACCGAAUCUGACGACACUUACACGUAUCUUGUCCAAGACCUCAAGAUUCCUGCCCAGUGGCUCCAUGCUGCUGCUGCUCUGCAAGCGAAGACGGAGAAUGACUACCUUCGCCAGACAGUACAUCUCAUCAAAGCUGGUGAAUUGGAAGAAGCUCACGAGGUCCUCUGCCGCAGUGUCGGCCCAGACUCGAUCAUUUCUCGCGACUACGAUGCACUGCGCGAGCUUCUCGGCGAGUUUGUACCGACACCAGUGAGCAGUCCUGUUGAUGAGGUAUCAUCCACUGUAUCGCGCGGUCGCCAUACGAGGGAACCCGUUCCGGGGUGGAGCCAUGGAGGCCAAAUCUACUUCGAUUAUAUUCAUCUCCUCGACCUUACAGCCCAUCAGUCAAGUUAUCGGGUAGAUAAGGAGCUCAACGAGGAGAUCGGGAACCUUCUCUUCAGGUUGCAGAAUGGGCUUGAAGUAGCGGCCCGGGAUAGGUGCGAGCGAUGUGGCUUGGAGGAACGCGUGGCUCUGAUGGAGAUUGCUAGCGUUGUCGCUAACCUGGUGACGAAGGACAAGCAUCUGGAGCGCGCUCGUGUCCUAAAGUUGCCACUUGCGGAGGAUAUGUGGUUGCGACACUCUUGCGACUUGAGUCUGAACUAUUACAAGGCGGUUAUGGCCGCUGGGAAGUAAAUGGUGGUUAAUUUUCUUCGCAUGUUGCCGCCGACUUGCGGUGGGGAUCUCUUCGGUGCAGCAUGCAUAAUUGUAGACUUCACUUCUUUUCGCGUUUCUUUGCACCGAGUCGUGUCCGCUUAAAAUACCGGUGCAGACUCGAAUGCGCUGCGGUUUUGCAUUGCCUCAGAGGGGCGAUUGGAUCUUGGGGGGCAUGAUGAGCGAGGAAAAGGGUGUCACAGACGGGAAGGGGAUCAAAUUGGUUCGGGCAUGUAUACUAUCAUGAAGGAUUACGCUUCAAGGAAUGAUACGGAUAUUCGUCACUACAG